ACUGCGGACAUAGUACAGGAGAUGACCAGAGACUGCGGACAUAGUACAGGAGAUGACCAGAGACUGCGAACAUACUACAGGAGAUGACCAGAGACUGCGGACAUAGUACAGAAGAUGACCAGAGACUGCAGACAUAGUACAGAAGAUGACCAGAGACUGUUGACAUACUCAAGGCAUUUGCCUAGGGCAGCAUAUUUCAGGGGGGGGCAGCGGCCACUGGACAUAGUACAGGAGAUGACCAGAGACUGCAGA